UUAUUACUGAACAUAUAUAAUAAUCUCAUCUAUUUCAUAUCGAUACAGGUUGAGGAGCUUCUGAAGGAGUACGACAACGUCUGUACUUUAAGAGUCCGAAUGCCGAUAUCAUCUGAUCUGAACAAUCCUCGUAACUUCAUCACGAAGAUCAGUCGAUACGACAAGGUGGUUAAUAUCCCAAACAGCAUGACUGUAUUGGAUGAGUUGCUUCCAAUAUCAAUCGAGAUGGCUAAGAGAAAUUGCAGGGGAAUAUGGAACUUCACCAACCCGGGCGUUGUGACCCACAAUGAGAUCUUGGAGCUUUACAAGGCUUACGUUGAUCCCGGCUUCAGUUGGGUCAACUUUACACUCGAAGAACAGGCGAAGGUGAUCGUCGCGCCUCGCAGCAAUAACGAAUUGGAUGCUUCGAAGUUGAAGAACGAGUUUCCGGAGCUGCUGUCGAUUAAAGAAUCUCUCAUAAGAUAUGUGUUCGAGCCCAACCGGAAGCAGGUGAAGUGACGCUAAGGACGGGAUAAUCUUUUGGCGAGCAGGUUCUUC